UGGCAAUGAGACCCUGGACCCCACAACAACAGGACCAUCACCACCAACACCACCUACUCUUGGAUACGACAGUCGCCUUGGUGAGCCCACAGUCUAUGCCCCGGUGAACCCUGCCACUCGUAUCCACCAGGGCAAAGCGAGCAUUGCCUAUGCAGAGUUUCCCGCGGCGCAGACGGCGGCAACUGUUCCUCCGCGCAAGAACAAG